CGGCAAAACCGCUCGAACGCGGCCGCACGCUGCACACUUGCCUUGUGCUUCCACAUUCAUCCUUUAGAAGGCACGCACAGCGAUCAGGACCACUGAAGGCUGCGGCGGAGCGAGCUGGAGCCAGUUCAUCAAUGCUACUCCUAUCGGAGGGCUAAUACAUCGCAACAAACGGCAGCAUCGUGAUGCGACGCCUCCUCAUGAUACCACCGGUCGCGCGCGCGCUGUCGACGCGGGCCUAUCCGCAAGCGCCGCGCGCCGCCGUCGCCGUCGUCGCGCGCGCGGGCACGACGCCGCCAAAGUACGCGCUCGUUCGACGCUCGAAAGCGCCGGGAGCGGGGCUCUGGUCCUUGCCUGGCGGCGGCAUCGACGUCGGCGAGGCGACCAUGGACGCGGCGAGGCGCGAAUUGCGCGAGGAGACGGGACUCGAGACCGGCGCGUGGCAUCCCUACCCCUUCACGACGGCCGACGCGAUCUACACCGACGACCAAGGGCGGACCGAGUUCCACUACCUCAUCGCCGAGACCUUCUGCGCGCUCUCGAACGCGGAGCCGCUGGCAGCCGGCGACGACGCCAGUGAAGCGAGGUGGUGGUCUUUGCAGGACAUCGAGCGCAUGGACGACGUCUCCGGCGACUGCGCGCGCGUUUUGAAGCGGGCCGAGGCGCUCGUCGCGGCGGGACUCCUGCCCUAAGCUCGUUGUUGUUUC